AUGGAUAAUGUAGAAUUGUGUGAGCCAUUAAAAUAUAGUCUGUCGCUGACAUCUGUAUCAAAUAAUGUUUACUGUAUAAUAAUUAAUAUGAAUUACUUUAUUAACCGAGAUUAACUUAAUUUGAAAUUUCUUUCAUUAUAUCAAUAGCUACAUAAAAAAUAAUAUCUAUCACAUGCUAUUUAUCUAUUAUCUUAUUUUAAAAAAAAUUUUUUUUACUUAUUAAAAUUUUAUUCUUUAUAAGAAUAUUUUGAUUUUAUUGCUUAAAUAUUUGUAUUAUACGCUAACUAUUAAUUUUUAUUGUAAAUAAUAACGCACAGUCAUUGACUAAAGACAAAAUAGAUACGAACAUUCAAUGCUUUUUGCAUGCUUUUUUGGAGAUUAACUGAUUUGACUACCUUACCAUUUUCCGUAUGAGGUUAUCGAUUCAGUUUAUCGUUUACAAAUCAUAAUGCCAUAAAUAAGUGACUACAUUAUAUAAUUAAAUGCAAUACUUCUUUGAUCUAUUAUGAGAUAAUUGGAUAGUUUAACUUUCAUACUGUGCCAACCUAAUCUGCAUUUUUAUAACCUCCAACUACAGUAAUAUAAUUAUUCAGCAAUGUUACUGUCAAAAAUAAAACAACAAUGACGGUCUAUGUAAGACUAUAAAGAAAUUACUUAAUUUUGUAUUUAGUAAGAAUAUUGUCAUAUAUUUUUUAUUUCAGACAUUAAACAGCUUAACUUCUUUAAUCCGAAAUACAAAAAAUCAAACUAGACCUUUAUUUUACUGGGUUCUUCUUGCAUUCAAUAAGUAAGAAAACAAAGCAUUGCUGUUUGAUUUUUUAUACAAAAUAUAUGAGAAACUUUUUUUUAAAGUGUUGACAAAGACCGUAUAAAGGAAAUUGGUCCAGAUCUUGCUUGUGCAGAAUGGCUUUUAAGAAAUGGAGCAUAUGUCAGAUGGAAACAUUUUAGUGAACCAUUGACUGAUUAUAAUGCAUUACCAACUAGUGGAAACUAUUAUAUUGAAGCUAUUGAAGCAAAUAAUGCUGGAAUAUGUGAUGCAGGAUUUCCACAUCUUAAAGGAUGCAAGCAUAUAAAAGAUAUAAAAUUGGAAAACUGUAGAUAUAUAGAUAACAGAGCUAUGUCAUAUUUAAAGCUUGUUCAAGAUUCAUUAACUAAUUUAGAAAUUAUAAAGUGUAGAAGACUUGAUGAGAAUGGUCUACGUCACUUGAAAGUAUUGAAGCUUAUUUUAAAGGCUUGGGUAAAGAUUGCCGUAUUGUUGUUCAAAAGUUAAAUCUUAUGAAAGAAUAUGAGAAUCAGGAAAAUGUGUCCUUUAAUAAUAACAGUAGUAAUGAUAACUAUACCAAUAAUUAUACUGAGCAACCAAAGUCUAAUGUAAACGUUGAAAGUAAAUGGACCAAGUAUUUAGAUAAACCAGAGGAGAUAGAAUCUAAUAUUUUUCAAGCUUCAAGUAGCAAAGAUAACAGUCAGAUGGGAAUGGAUCAUCUAGAAUAUACUGAUAACAAUACAAUAUGUGAGUCACAAAAUGAACACACAAAUAUAGAUAAGGGUAUUUCUUAUGAGAAUGAUUUUAAAGAAGAUUUCACUUGUGACAAUGAGCAAGAAUAUGAUAAUUUUGUAUCAGAGAUAGUAGAUAAUGUAUCAGAUAGCGAUAAUAGUAGCAAAAACAAUGAUUUCCAGAGAAAAAAUGUCAAUGAAAUUAAAAGUAGAAAAAACAUAUUUGAUGAUAAUGAAGAUUUUGAUAUUACUAUUGAUUUUUAA